GGGAUCCGCGGGGGUUCCGCGGGAGGCGCUUUCCGCCCCUCGCCGCCGCCGGAGCCCGGCCGCGCAUCCCCUCCAGGGGGGGCUGCCCGGCCGGUGCCGAAGCCAGGGAUCCUCCUGCACGUCGCCGCUCGGGACACCUCUGCCGGAGACUUAGGUGGCUUUUUUACCGUGGUGUACCGUGGAUGAGAGAUGCAGAAAGUCACCUGUUGUCAGAGGAAAUAACAAUAGCUGCCCAUUGAUAGAAGGGCUGCCCAUUUGCUCUGAAGGAAGAGACCAUGCUGAAGCGCCUUUGGAAGACAUCUUCCAUUCUCAGCCUCAAAAAAGACCAUCUAACAUGAUCCUGGGUUUAAAUAACAAAGAUGAAUUUGAGGUGAUUGUUUGCUUGGUUUUGCUGCCCUGGGGUUAGCUGCAGAGCUGACCACUGGAAAGGCAGAGUGCAGGAAAACGCUCCUGUGCUGCGAUACAGCGUUUCACACCUGUGUAACCAUCCAAGAGGUACCUCUGCUGAGUGAAGAUCGCAAGAAUCCUGAGAUGAUUUGACCUGUAAUGGAGGGACACUUCUGGGAAACUGCUGGAGGACUUCAGUACAGGGCACCUGGCGUCUCUGCCCUCACCUAUCCGUGUGAAAGUCCGAAAUGAACCACACUUGGACAUACAACCUAAGCUUUGGUGCACCUACAGAUCCUGCUGAGCCAAGGCCUGGACUGUCACGAAAUGGGCACACAAUAGUGGCUGUUUUUCUUGGAUUUAUUUUGCUUUUUGGUUUCUUGAAUAACUUGAUUGUCCUCAUCCUCUUCUGCAAGUUUAAAACCCUCCGUAACCCAGUCAACAUGCUCCUCCUGAACAUCAGUAUCAGUGACAUGUUAGUGUGCAUCUCAGGCACUACCCUCAGUUUUGCAUCUAACAUCCAUGGCAAAUGGAUUGGAGGGGAGCAUGGCUGUAGGUGGUACGGCUUUGUCAAUUCCUGCUUUGGCAUUGUGUCCCUGAUCUCCCUGUCUGUCCUGUCCUAUGAACGCUACAGCACUCUCACCCUGUGCAACAAGCGCAGCGCUGACUACCGGAAGGCAUUGAUGGCAGUCGGUGGUUCAUGGAUUUAUUCCCUGGUCUGGACUGUGCCACCUCUGAUCGGCUGGAGCAGUUACGGGAUAGAAGGUGCGGGUACAAGCUGUUCGGUACGCUGGUCCUCUGAGUCAGUUGAGUCCACAUCCUAUAUCAUCUGUCUCUUCAUAUUCUGCUUGGUCAUCCCUGUGAUGGUCAUGAUGUACUGCUACGGUCGCCUCCUUUACGCUGUUAAACAGGUUGGAAAAAUCCACAAGAAUGCUGCCCGCAAAAGAGAAUACCACGUACUGUUCAUGGUAAUCACUACAGUUAUCUGUUAUCUCGUGUGUUGGAUUCCCUAUGGAGUUAUAGCAUUACUUGCAACAUUUGGUAAGCCAGGUGUGGUGAGUCCAGUUGCAAGCGUCAUACCUUCCAUCCUAGCAAAAAGCAGCACUGUUUGCAAUCCAAUUAUCUACAUACUUAUGAAUAAGCAGUUCUACAAAUGCUUUCGUCAGCUUUUCCACUGCCAACCUCCUUCCUCCACUGAUGGGGAGCCCACCUGCCACUCCAAGGUAACCGUUAUCCAGCUGAAUCAGAGGACGGAUGGUGGAAACGCGUGCAAUAACGAACCACGUCCAGAAGUGGACAGUAAAGUGAUUUCUCUCUUGCACCCAGAGCCAGGCCCGGAGCCAGUUUCAAAAGCCGUACCACCAAUGUCUUAGGAAGAUUGGCUCUGACGGAAAGUGCAAGCCUUAACCCAAGUGUGUUUCAUUUCACUGCCACAUUACCCAACUAACCUUAAAAUUAAUAAAGGAAGUUGCCAUUUGUGGGAUAGGAAAACUGUCAAGAACAAAAAUUGGGACUCUCUUGUAAGUUCCUUAGUAGCAGUAAAGAUGGCCACAACACUGCAGGUAUAGUUCAAUAAUGACAAAAUUUGAAGCAAUAUCAUUGACUUUCCUGUAAAUUAGUUAAUUGAGCACUUCGAAGUGGUAGAGUUUUAGUACUUAGUGAUCUGUGGAUCAAUGUCCUCCAGCAUCAAUCUAAAAGGCACACUGGACUAUCUAGUUUAGUGCCUUGCCUUUUCUGCCUUGUUCCAUCUGGUACAUGUCUUGGGAUUUCAGACUAGGUUGCUCAUAAAUAACCAUAAUUUCUGACAGUCCACUCAAGUUUUUGCUCAUGCUGGACAAUGAUGUUUUGAGGGAGGAAAGACAGUGACUGGACAGGCUAGUUUCUGGGUGGUGACAGCUAAUUUACAGCACAUCUUUUUGUUGAAGUCUAAGGUCAACAAAGUGAAAGAUGAGCUAAGGUAAUGAGUAGAGAUUACCACACAGAGAGGUGUCCCUGGGCUACAGAGGCUUAUCUGUCCUGCUGGAAAUGGGAGCGCUCCCAAGACUUCCAGACGUGGUGCACAUUUCAAAUGCCCAAAAUCUACUCUGGGGAAAAACAAUGGUCAGUGCCAGGCUUGUUCUCCUUUAGCACCUCUAACACUGCAGAACCCCAGCCAGAGACCAAGCAGCACUCCCAUCCCAAUCACACAAGGGCGAGAUCACAGGGCAUGCAGUAUUACACACUCAAUUUACCAAGGAGUCUUGCAGUUCAUUGGAACCUAGCAAUGAACCCAAGGAGGUAGGUCCCUCCACUUAGCUGUCACAGACCCCAAACUCUCCCUUAGAAUGAUCUGGUCCUGCUGGUUUUUGUUCAAAAACAGAAGGUGGGAUAGCACUGUAUUAAAGAUGGAACGGAGGGAAGGAAAAAAAAUUAAAAAAAAGACUAAAAAAAGCACUCCCUUUUGAAAAGAAGCUGUUUUCUUUGUGUGAGUACUCUCCUCACUAAAACAGGGAAUAAAUGGGUUCAGUUCCGUCCCGUGCCUUAGAAGAUGUGAAACCCCCUUCACAGGGGACAGCCCUAGUGUUGUAAGAGCCAUUACUGAAAACUGAAAUCUAAGUUCACAAAACACAUGAAUCAACCGUCUUUAAAAGAACAGCAGCAGUUUAAACCAUGAGGAUAUUUACACCAGUCCGUGUAUUAGGAUAUAUUCAGGUUUUAUUCUCUUUACUUUCUAAUGCCAUGUCUGGCUUGUUUUCUUCUAAGUCCCUACAACAGAGCUGCCAACAGAGCUCCCUGGGCUACGGGUCUCACAUUCCAGCCUAUCUUUUUUAGUACUACUCUAACUCAGUUUCUCUCUUUGCUUGGUAUUAACAACACAGCAGUGAGUUACUGACAUCUGUAUCCAGCAGGUAUAAAUGUGCCAAGCUGUCUAAAUUUUCAUCUACCUCACAGCUCAGUUUCCACCUCUUCCCUGCUCUCCCCCACUUACCUUCAGUGAUCUUAUGAUUUUUUUUGAAAUUAUUAAUAGCUUUUUGGCAGUUACAUGAUCCACAAAGUAUUUUUAAAAUUACGUUUGAACAUUUUUGUUCUGGAUAUAAUCACAAAGAUAAAGAAGAGGUAUGCACCUGCCUGCUUGAUGACUUGACCUUCCUUCUGUUAACCUGUUUUGCUGGCCAGUCUGCUCUGCGAAGUCCUACCUCACUUCCCAUUUGUUAUCCCAUUUGUUAUCUUUACACAUCUCUUUCUGUAUUAUCACUUCCUAGGUUUCUCUUCUGUGGCUGAAUUUCUUUGCAUUUCCUCCUACAUGUAUUAACCUGUAGUUUCCAAGUUGACUUCCUUUCCCUGUACUGCCCAUGGAGUACAUGCCUACAUACUUAUUUCUUUUGUCCAUGUACUUUUCACAUCAUUGCCCGAUUCGGUAUCAUCUGCAAUUUGUUUCAUAUCUCAGCAUUCCUCUAUGAUCAUCAUCAUCAGUAUGAAUGAAAACCAAAUUGCUUGAUAGCCUCUAGGGUGAAGAAUUUCCAUAUGCUACACUUCAAUAUUUGUCUUUGCUCACAGUCUUUAAGUUAGUUUUCAGUCAAUGCACAAUUGAUACAUAUAAAACAGCACAGACAGGCUUACACACAACCUAAGGAGACAUUAAUGAGCAUGAUGAGAUAUAAUCAUUGUCCCAACACUUUAUUGUCGGGACACAAUUAAUCUCAUAAUUAAUGUUCAUGCCCAUCUCUAACCUAGUUGGUCUAAAGCACUCUUUAUGCAGGAGACAGGCACAAUUCAUCUGACUUACUUUUGGUUCUCUACUUUAGGGUGGGAUGAAUUGUUCCCUGGAAGUGUUGUUCCUCUCCAGUGAGUGGGCAGAAACUGAAAAUAAAAGAGUCUGGCUGUUGCUAUCAAGCACCUUCUCUUCUACUCUCCCAGGUCAGACACUUUUGGAGCUUCGUGAAAAAAUAACGUAAUUGUUUUUUUCAGGAGCACUGUGAGAAGAAAUGAAAAUAAGGUGCGAUUCUUCUGACCAGAUGUGCCCACUGGUGCAGUUACCCACACCUGCGAUAGGUAUCACAGGCUCCUUUGUUGUCAAUAGAAGAAAGUGUACACUUUUAGGAAGCAGCGCAUGUCUGCUCACCUCAGAGCAGACAUUUAAAAAUGGAUCAUACAAGUCAUGCCCCAGAAGUUCCCAUUUCUUUCUGUUGACUGUAGGGGAAGCCUGAGCGCAGCAUGGAUACCUCUACUGUAUGAGUUCUACCUGCACUCCCAGGACAAGAUGAAAAUUUCACAUGUAGAGGGGAACACAGGUCUCAUAGCCAUAUUUAAGAGGUGCCUAUUAUUUUUUUUCUCUAAUAAGGCUGAGGCUGAUUAACACAAAGACAGACCUGCACUGGAGACAUCUAAAGCUAGGUGGCAUGAGACCUGCUCUCUGACUGACCUAGCCAUGGACCACGUACAGAAGUCAAUUUUAUGUGCAAAGAUUAAGAUGAGAGAAGAUGGCUUCUUUUACACUCAUAAGGAUUAAGGUACAGGAAUAGGAGUGAAAGCAGAUAAUUAAAAAGUAUUUAGGGAUGGGCCAGAAGACAAGCACAACUUAAGAAAAAGUAAAGCCUGAAAGGGAAAGCCUACGGUCUAUCUAUAGCAUGCAAAGAUCAAAAAGGGUGAAGGACCCCUUAGAAUGAAUGCCAUGGAGAAGUCCACGGGGCACAACACAAAGCCUGCUUUUCAUCAGUGGGCUGUAAAAAAGCUCAGUAAAAACUAGAUUAACAAGAUUAAUUGAUUAAUCCAGUAGUAGCAGUAUUACCACCAUGCCUAGGGGAUUUGGUCAAGAAACUGUUAAGCUCCAGUACAAACCAUCAGAAAUACUGCCAGUCUGAGUGACGAGGCUGCCAUGAGAUCUGUGUAGGGGUCUGAAGGGAACUGUGUGGGCAGUUCAGAGCCCCCUCAGAGCAGGGACAACUUUGAAGUUAGAUCAGAUUGCUCGGGGUCCCGUCCAGCCCUGUACUGAGUAUCUCCAAGGAUGGAAAUGGAGCUGUUGGAUCUUUUCAGAAGUUUACAGAAGCAUGCAAAAAUAAUAUUGUAGGCAUGACUCUGAAACCAGCAAGCAGGUGCGAAAAUGAUCAUCAGACCUGGUCUCUUCCAGAUCUGAUGCUUACGCUUUAAAACUUUUAGCUCUUAAAUAACCAAUGUAAAUUUCAUAGAAAGGAAAAAGUCGGAGUAUCUGGUAUGAUUUUAGCUUUGGCAAACAUGACUGGUGCAACCAUACAUUCAAAAUCACAAGAGAAGACACUUCUGUGUAGGCCACUCUAAUUUAAUGCUAAUACCUUUGCUGGAUUUUCUAAAGUCUCAUUUGGAUUACAACUGGGAAAAUGGAAAAAUGCAAAAUAAUUCUGCCUGUGUGGAGAAAAGUUGUUUUAUGGUAGACCAUUCAAAGGUGUGCUUUAUGAAUGUUUUAUAGUUGACUGACAAUGUUUCUGAAUAUUGCAUUGGACUAAAAAAAAAAGGACUGUGAGCACAGAAUAUUCUUUUAAAAAUAUUUAAAAAUAUAUUAUGACAAAGAAAUGAUGUGGCUGUCAGAGAAACAGUCAACCUGCAAGUUUGUUAUAACACUACAAUAUUAGAUGCUAAUAAAGUAUUAUGUAUUUCAAGAUAUUAUAUAUUAGUAUUUCAAAAUCCUUAGAAAGAUGCGUUACUUUUUCUUCCUAUUCAACAGAUAUCUAUGGUGUCACAAAGUGCUGGGUAUGGUUUAAACUCAAUCCAGUUGGCACAAAUAAACUCCUGAGCUUUUACAAUCUGUGCUGAAAACGUUUAAACCAGAAUUAAAUUAAGAUUAAAUUCCUUGCAUGGAUGGUUUAUACAAAUGAACAUAUACUAUGGAUUCUAAUCAAAGGGAAAAAAACGUUUUUCAAUUUGUUCUUGGCAAUUUUAAUAACUCAAGAGGUUUUAAAUUUCCAACAUGCAUCUUUGGUACACUCCAAUUAGGCUUUGUGGUUAGCACACUAAUUUAAAAAGAAUGUUCUCUAGUUUACAAGUAGAUGAAAUAUAGUUUAAUAUACCUGAAUACAACAGAUGCUGUAUGAAAGCAUCUAGAAUAAUAAGUGUAAUUCAAACAUUCAGCAAGAACUCGGCAUCAUUUUAACAAAAUGAUGAAAACAUUUAAAUAUACAUAAUCUGAUUAUUAUGCUCAUAAUAUGUCUCAUUUCACACACCACCACAAAUUUAGUUGCAGAAAAGAAUUUAGCUAGACACGCUAGUAAGUUUAUGUUUGAUUAUAUGUGCACUUGACAUCAUUACAAAUAAACAUAAAGCAUUUAGAAUGUAUAGUUUUCUAUAUGUCAGUCUACUUCUAUAGUUUCUCUUGAUUGGAUUUCAUGUACCACUGCAAAAUCUGUCACUCCUUGAAACUGGGCCAAAUGUGCCUCAGUUAUUCUUUGGAACACACAGUAAACGUAGCUCUGGCUUUUUAAAAUAUUAUGUUUCUAAAAACAAAGGGUUGUUUUACCUCUGUUUAGUUCAUGAAGUAUGACAAAUACUAACCACAAGAAAACCAAAUAUUUAUUAAAGAAUUUAAUUGUCAACAAAUGGCCCUGUGCCUAAGCUUAAUAAAUUGUGCAAUACUUGUCAUCUUUGAUGUACAGACACUUGCAUUAUAUAGUAGACCUAGAAAAUGACAUAUUUAUCACUUAAUGCUGAAUGCAAAAAGCCGUACAUUAAUCACAGUACGAUAUUCUGCAACAUCAGCGUAGACUGGAAAAUGCUGACCAGUAAUAUCAUAUAAUUUUAAAUGUAUUAUUCAAAUUUACACUAGAAUAGUAAAGAUUUGUUUAUGUGAUCUGGGGUGCUGUAAGAGGAGAGUUUGCUUUUUUAUCGCUGUCUUUCGGGAAGUAGGAGAUGGUCAAAUUUCGGAAUGCUUUUUAUUAGAAUAAGAAGAAUUUAAAGCUUAUGUAUUUGGUGGUAUUAUUCGUUUGUGUCAUAGUACUUGAACAAAACCGAGCUACAAAGGGUAAGCACUACGCUUUUCUGCCACCAACUGCUGGCAAACAGCUGAGUAAGUAACAGUAAUAAAGGCAACUCUUAAUACGUCAAAUUGUUUCUUUCAGUUCAUGCAAGUGUAUUUUUUCUAAGCAGAGCUGGAGCUCAGCUGCAUUCUUCUAUUCAACAUGCUCUCUGAAGCCAUUUCAAAUUUAAGUUCUUAGUCAUACAACGAUCUGCCAAUGUUGCAGUGUAAUGACGGUCUUGCUUGUACUAUUGUCUCGAUGCAUGCAAAUGAAGAUUAAAAUAACGUUAUCAACUAUUAAUGACGCAUAACUGUUAAAUCUGUAAUGUCAACUGUAAAGCCUCAAACAAGCCUUUCUUUCUCCCCGCAAUA